GCUAAGGACAAUAAUGGUAGAACUGGUGCAUCUCCUUGUAUUGCACCGUUCUUAAAGGAAAUGGACGAGCUAUUUGGUAAAAAGCCAAAUUUUGCAAAAAGCUAUUCGUAUAAUUUUGGUGCCAAAAGUGUUUCGAGUUCAGGUGCAACAGUUUCAUCACCGAAUACGUCCUCAGCAGCACCAUUAUUCAGCUCCUCAGAAACGUUUAAGUCUCCUGUCUCAAAUGAUUUAGACUUCUUUGAUGUGGAUGUAGAGUUUUUUUUGGAAGAAGCUGAUGCGGCCUGUUCAUCUUCAUUACCAACAACAACACCACCACCACCACCACCACCAACAACAACACUACUAACAACAACAACACCACCGACAACAACUACACCACCAACAAGAACACCAGCAACAUCAAGGCCAGCCGCAAUAAAAAAAAGGGCUAUGUCACGCUCCGACUACUAUAAAGAAAAAAUAAUGCAGAGGCAGCAAGAAGCGGAAAGAGUGGAAGAACGUUUCCAAGAGCGUCAACAGGCCAGGGCACAGCUACAGCUAAAAAAAGCGGAGGAUCGUAAAAAGAAAUACGAGUUAAUAGAAAAACUGCUAUCGAAAUAAAAAACUCGUUACUAAAA